AUGUCGGAAAUUAUCAUUGGAGAUAUGCCAAAAAUCGUCAUUGGAGAUAUGUCAGAAAUAACGGUUUUUGGAUCGGCUAUAACUCAACCACCUUGUGGGUCCCCUGGCUGCAUACAAACUAAAGAUCGAUGCACCACUUGUUCUAGCGCUCCCUUUGGCCUACCUGCAGAAACGACGUGUAUCUCUAAAGUCAAUUCCGACUUAGCCUUCACCGGCAACAUCAGUCAUCUACUCAACCACGAUGUGAUCAUAAGCUAUACGUCACCGUCAGCUUACUUAACUCCCAAACUCGCAGUGAGGACGCGUCUCACUUGUGUAGAUGUCUUUGAGGACUCUGGCUGGUCAGAUCUUCCAAAUGGUGCUAACAGUAUUCUCGGGCUGGCUGAUAGCUCUAUGUCUUUUGUUAAAAGCCUCGAGUCUUCUUACAAGAUACCCUUCAAAACUUCCAUCUACAAAGCUCUUGUUAAAGCCUUCGUUAGGAAGGCUCAGCGUAAAGCCGUGUAUCCCUUCCGUGAUUGCUUUAGUUACAAAAGUUUUGGAGGAAAGUCUUUUCUUGGAAAGAAGACUCCGGUGAUCAAUUUUGUUUUGGGAGGAGGAGCCAAGUGGGAUAUCUACGGAACAAACUCGCUUGUAAUGGUGAACAAGACCAUUAUGUGUUUAGCGUUUAUUGAUGCUGGAAAUGAUCCGAGAUUUCCGAUUGAGAUAGGAGGAUAUCAAAUGGACAAUCAUCUAGUUGAGUUUGAUUUUGAGGCCUAA